UGCUCUCAGAUGUUUUCUUCGAUGUGGGCUUUCUAAGAAUCACUUGUAAAGGAUGGUGGCCCAAGUUGAAAAAUCACACUGUAAAUACUUUUUGAUCUUCCUCGGCCUCGUUUCGGUUAUUUGUAACAUUGUGUUUAUUUGCCUGAACUCUGGUAAAGUACCUAAAUGCCAGACUACCCAGCAAAUGUGGAAAUACAAGCACAAUGACCACGGGUCGGUGUUUGCGGACCUAUCGGAGGAUGAAUCCCGACAAGUCAGGGACUUCAUGUGGGCUCAGAAGGAUUUGAAGAUAUCGCACUCUGGCAUUGCAAAAGCCGACGAGAACUUCAUUUUUUUGAUUGAAGUAGCGCUUCCAAAGAAGGCCGCUGCGCUCCGCUUCUUGGAUGAAAAUGGUUCGAAGCCGGUGAGGGAAGCAUCAGUGGUGGUUUUCUAUAGAGCUCUCGGUUACCUGAAGGAAUACGUGGUAGGCCCCCUUGAAGGUUCACUUUCUUAUCGAGAUGUCACAAAAGAGAAAUAUAACCAGGCCCAGCUGUCCGUAACCUCUCGCCCGGUCACGGUUGGCGAAUAUGCACAACUUUUUGAUUUCCUCUAUCACUCGGUAACUGUGAAAAUGGAGAAAAUAAUGCAGGAAAGCUUUGGUGGGCAACCACUGCUCCCGUUUGAAGGAAUGCCCCGUGGGGUGAAGUCAGGGGACAGGCAAACUUGGCUAUCUUUCUUUCGGUUCAAGAGCGGCAUGUAUGUCCACCCCGUUGGGUUUGAGGUGCAGGUAAAUCAUCAGAGUGCCAACUCCUCUCAGUGGACUGUGAUGAAAUUGCUAUAUAACGGACGCUACUUUGAUACAAUUGAUGAGCUCAACGAAGCGUACGAGAAUGGCACAGUUACAAAAAUAGUUUACAAGGACAUCUUUAAUUACGCUUCCUUACUACCACGGAGCAAGCCAACUGGACUUGGUCCCCAUCAAUCCUACCUCCAAGGUAAGCGUUUCAGUGUGAAAGACAACCAAGUCAAGUACAUGGACUGGAGUUUCGUCUUUGGUAUGAGUUCUCUGACUGGCAUGCGGGCAUUUGAUAUACGGUUCAAAGAUGAGAGAAUAGCUUAUGAAAUCAGUGUUCAGGAAGCUAUGUCUGUGUAUGGAUCAGUAACACCCGGAAUGAUGCUCACAAAGUUCCUCGACUCGAGUAUUGGUAUUGGCCGGUUUGCGCACGAGUUGGUGCGUGGAGUGGACUGUCCAUACGGGGCGACCUAUGUGGAUACAUACCGUUACAUCGACACCAAUAGCACACAGAGGUUUAGAAAUUCAAUCUGCGUUUUCGAACAUGACAUUGGCCGGCCACUGCGAAGACACUUCUCUGACUUUUUCCAUAACAAAUACGGUGGAAUGGCAAACAGCGCAUUGCACGUCAGAAGCAUCACUGCUAUUGGGAAUUAUGACUACGUCUGGGACUUCAUCUUUUAUCAGAGCGGAUCCGUAGAAGCCAGAGUGCACGCCACUGGUUACAUAUCCUCAUCAUACAUAAUUGAUGGCAGCUUGCGACACGGUCACCAGGUCGCAGAAAACACUCUAGGGAAUAUCCACACUCACUUCAUUAACUUCAAAGUCGACCUAGAUGUUGCAGGAGUGAAGAACAUAUUCCAGACUAAGGACAUGACGUACAAGGAGGUGCCCCUGCCCUGGAUGCCUGAGCGAAAAGCCAAGGUGCCGCACCUGGUGGAGAACCAGCUGAAGACAGAACAGGAGGCUGCCCUGCGUUACGGCCAGCCUAUGCCUCGCUACCUGCACGUGGCCAGCAACCAGACCAACCGCUGGGGCCACAAUCGCUCCUACAGGAUCCAGGUGGUCAGCUUUGCAGGAGAUCACCUGCCAGAGGAUGAACCAGAGGAGAGAUCAAUGUCUUGGGCCAGGUACAAGGUGGCCAUCACUAAACACAAAGACGCUGAGCAGACCAGCAGCAGCCUGUACAGUCAGAAUGACAUAUGGUCACCUGCAGUAGACUUCAGCCAGUUCAUCGCAGACAACGAGUCCAUUGUGGAUGAGGAUCUUGUUGCCUGGAUAACAGCAGGCUUCCUGCACAUCCCCCAUGCCGAGGACAUCCCCAACACGGUGACCAUCGGCAAUGGCGGAGGCGUCAUCCUGAGACCGCACAACUAUUUCGACGAGGACCCGUCCAUUUACUCACCAGACGGGGUGUUCUUUGAACCCGGGUCCGAGAGCAGCUGUGAGUACAACAAGAUGGCCUGCCUCAAAGAUGACAUGUGCGCACCUGCGCUGGAGCCCUUCACCUACCACGGGUUCGAAGAAGUCAUGAAAUUUGAGUGAGGUUGAAUUAGGAUGAGGAUUUUUUAUUUUUUUUAAUCUGAGGACCUAAAAUUUGUAAGUAAAACAUAUUUUGAGUUUUGUAUAAAUUGUCUCCCAUGUGGUUGUGAGGGUGUUUAUCAUAUUGACACAAUGCAGUAGCUGUUUUAUUUUUCCUAGUGCUGUAUCCUAUUGGCACUUGUAUCCCCAGAAUGGCAGCUACCAGUGAGCUCACCAAAACACCUAAACAACACAUUUCAUUAGUCAUACAUUAGCCAUACAUGAAUAUUACAUGUUAAUAAGGCAUUACAAAUUAUAUGACGUGGUUUUAUGUCUUGACUAAGAUAUCAUAGACAUGCUGAGCUGUGUAUUACACAGAAUCUUCAUUAUAAUGAACCAGACUGGUUACUUCUUCAUUGUAGUAUACAUGUAUUGAAAAUAAUUGUUAUAACAGUACAUUUUUGGAGUAUAAAUGGAAGUAUAAAUGUGAAAGUGGGGACCAUAAAUUCCUUUUAUGCUGUUUUUUUUAUUACAAGCAAUUGAAUAAGAAACUACUGAUUUCAGUUCCUGAAUAUAGUAUCACUUGUAAAUGGUUUUAAUGGGGGUUUUUUGUUGUUUUUUUUAAAUAAAGAACAAGUUUGUGUGAAAUAUUUUGCUGUUGUCAAAGACUUCAAACUUCAAACACAGUUCUGUCUUGCCUGGCCUGCUCUUCCAAGCGUGAAUUUCAUCAGUUCAUGGUGAGCACCGUGGUGAAUGUUGGACUCAAUGGGAGUUGGCUGCAGUCAUGGGCUCUCCCCCACUGUGCCAAUUCUUGACACCUAGAAAUCCCUCUUGGGGCACCGAGUCCCAGGAACUUGGAGUUCCUGAGAACCCAUGCUGACUGUUAAUGAAACACAGUGUUGUGUGGAUUGGCGUGUGGAGCAUUCAUUUUGAAUUGUGUGACAGAAUUGGAAAAGGACG